ACGCCCUCUUAUCUUCCUCUCUAGUAUUCCUUUAAUUUCUGGAGCUUCCUCAAAUUGACUCAUCUCUCUCCAUCCAUCCAUGGCAAUAGCACCAUCAAAUCAACCACAAGACCGCCAACAAUUGCCUCCUCCUCCUCCCCUCGAGCUUGACCUUGAGGAACAAACCAAACAAGCCCUCGAGCAAGAGGUUGAGGUCGUCGACUUCUCAAAGCGAGCUCAAUGGCUCCGUGCCGCCGUGCUGGGCGCGAAUGAUGGCCUGCUUUCAACGGCGUCGCUCAUGAUGGGUGUCGGUGCUGUCCGGAAGGACCCCAAGACUAUGGUGAUAACCGGGGUGGCGGGGCUGAUUGCCGGGGCCUGUAGCAUGGCCAUUGGGGAGCUCGUAUCCGUGUACUCGCAGUACGACAUCGAGGUGGCCCAGAUCAAGAGAGAGGAUAGGAACGAAGCCCUAGGAGCCGAAGAAAUAAACAUGAGGAAGGAGAAGCUUCCGAGCCCAUGGCAGGCGGCGGGGGCAUCGGCACUUGCCUUCGCGGUGGGGGCGCUGGUGCCACUCCUAGCGGCGGCGUUCAUAAAGGAGUACCAUAUGAGACUGGCGGUGGUGAUAGUGGCGGUGAGCAUGGCGUUGAUCGGGUUUGGCUGGCUGAGCGCAGUGCUGGGGAAUGCGCCGGUGGUGAAGUCGGCUUCUAGGGUGCUGGUCGGAGGGUGGUUGGCCAUGGGCAUCACCUUUGGUUUGACCAAGCUGAUUGGCUCUGCUGGUGUAUAAGAAUUAUGAAUAUCGUACAUAGUUUUGCCUUGAUGGUAUCAAUAACCAGCAAUUCUUAUGUCAGUAAUUAAUUAAGUCGUCUCGAUUUCUUUGCCAAAAGAACUUCAUCCAUUCUAGCUAGGGCACAUGAUGAGGCAUCCACGAGCAGUUUCACUUUUCCAUUUCUUUCCUUUGUUUUAUCUUUCUGUUGGAUUUAGAUGUCUCGUAUAUUUCAUUUCUGAGUUGUAAGAGUUCAAGUUCGUUUUGGAUCUGCCCAUCUUUAUCAUGCAGUGCUGUUGAUAUAUAUGCUAAAGACCGAAGCCUAAGCAAUGCUAUGUGUGAUAUUAUCCUCAA